UAUAAACGUAGAGACAGUGUAUGCGGUCUAUACUCUCUCUCUCCGGAGAACGCGGCAUUCCGCUUAGGACGUACGCACCUGUCGCGCCUCUCCGUUUUUUUUCUGCUUCUCUAAGUAUUUCUGUAGUAGUGUAGCCAGUGUGUUUGACACAUUUUUCGAUGACGCGAGAGUGAAAGUCUGAAAGUGCAUAGCAGUCUGAAGCCUUCUAAGGUUCGAGUGAUUAUGUUGUCAACGCGACAUGGGUAUUACAUCUAAGAUUCUCUCCGACUCCCUUGAUCUUCUUUUUGUGUGACCUUUUCGACCAGUGGAUUCCGGCUCUGUUUUGUGCAGGGCUUUGGCGAGCCGCCACGCAACAAUGGACUUGAGGAAGCAGCACCGCGUCACUGGUGGCGUUGCCCCGGCUGCUCAUUGCCGUGCAUAGUAUCCACUACUGGACAUGCUCGCGGUUGAGCGAGCAUUGCGCGAUAUGCCGCCACCGCUGCCGCCACUGCCGUCGUCGUCGUCGUCGUCGUCGUCGCCACCGCCGGAAAAGCCAAAUUGACGGCCGAACCUGCACUAGCGAGCACGUGCGACUCGAGGCACACGCAUCACUUGGCACGCGCUCCCAUUGUGAUCCGGGGAUGAUCGAGUAACGACACUGACCAGACGUUCGAACGAGAAGACGAUGUUGCCGAGAUCCACGAGGAUACGCCGAAUAUGGCCUUGGCUUCUCUUUGGCUUGCUGCUCGUCGGACUUGUACUUCUCUGCAGCAAGAGAGAUGUGCCGACCGAGGAAUUACACUUCGCACCUUCCGACGAAUUAGUGCAUUUGCAAUUACUGGAGGGUCAGAAGGAGUACAUCGAUAAGCGCGGCGUACACGUAGUCGUUGGUCACUACGUUGGGAAUUCCAUUGAUACAGUACAAAUGCCUAAUAUAACGAAAGACAUAAUAAAUCAAAACUUAUUCGAUCCACGACCGUACGAGGGAAGAAACGGCGAGCCCGUGCAUAUACCGGCGAAAGAUUUCCAAUUGAUGCAGCAACUCUUUCAGAUCAACAGAUACAACUUGCUUGCGAGCGAUCGUAUUCCUCUUAACAGAACCUUACCCGACGUUCGUAAGAAAAAAUGCAUUUCGAGGUAUGCUAACCUAGGUGAUUUACCGAGCACAUCGGUCAUCGUAGUAUUUCACAACGAGGCGUGGAGCACGCUGUUACGAACAGUUCACAGUGUCAUAAACCGAUCUCCUAAGCAUUUAUUAAAAGAAAUCAUCCUUGUCGAUGACGAUAGUGAUAGAGAUUUCUUGAAAAAGCCAUUGGACAAGUAUGUGAUGGGUUUUACGGUGCCAACUCGAGUGCUAAGGACAAGAGAACGCGUCGGUUUGGUAAACGCUAGACUAAUGGGAGCAAAUGAAGCUAAAGGCCAAGUGUUAACCUUCCUCGACGCUCAUUGCGAGUGUACUACCGGAUGGUUGGAGCCACUUCUCGAAGCCAUCUCAAAAAAUCGCACGAGAGUCGUCUCGCCUGUGAUAGACAUUAUCAAUGACGACACUUUCAGCUACACAAGGUCAUUCGAGUUGCAUUGGGGAGCAUUCAAUUGGGACCUGCAUUUUCGUUGGCUGAUGUUGAACGGUGCUUUGCUUCGUGAGCGUCGUGAGAAUAGCGUCGAUCCAUUUAAGACACCAGCGAUGGCUGGCGGUUUAUUCUCCAUGGACCGCGAAUACUUCUAUGAAUUAGGCAGUUAUGACAAGCAAAUGCGUAUCUGGGGCGGUGAAAAUCUCGAGAUGUCUUUUCGAGUUUGGCAAUGCGGCGGGAGUGUCGAAAUAGCGCCUUGCUCUCACGUAGGCCACAUCUUUCGAAAAUCAUCACCAUAUACUUUUCCCGGAGGUGUCGAUGAGAUUUUGUAUGGGAAUUUAGCGAGGGUUGCUCUGGUCUGGAUGGACGAUUGGGGAAAAUUUUACUUCAAGUUUAAUCAACACGCUGAGAGAUUUAGAGAUAAGCAGCAAAUCAGGUCGAGAUUGGCUUUAAGGAAGAGGCUUCAAUGCAAAAGUUUUGAGUGGUACUUAGAUAAUGUGUGGCAGGACCACUUUUUUCCUAAGGAUGAUCGUUUUUUUGGGCAGAUCGUCCAUAGCUCAUCUAAUAAAUGCUUAAUGAGGCCAUUAUCAAAGGGUGUAUAUUCUCAACCUUCGGGAUUGGUAGCCAUUCAAGACUGCAUUUCACCGCCAAAUCUCGGUCAGAUGUUUAUAAUGAGAAAGGAUGGUGUCAUAAUGACCGAUGAAAGUGUAUGCCUAGACGCUCCCGAGAAAGACACCAGGCACAAUAAGCCAAAAGUUAAAUUGAUGGCUUGCAGCGGAUAUGCUAGCCAAAAAUGGGAAUAUGACGAGAACGACAGUGUCAUUCGACACGUUCCGUCUGGUAUGUGCCUUGAAUUUCCAAGUGACGAUGCAAGUCCAGUCGUUGCUGCUUGUACAAAUAACGACAAACAAAACUGGGAACUAAGAAGCGUUGCAUGGAAAUAAUUCCUUCUAUUUAAUAUAAAUUAA